UACAUAAUUUAAAAUAUAAUUUUUAUUGUAGUGUCUGUAAGAUACUGCUAUAUUCUAUUUAUUUCAUACUGAAUUAUUUAUUUUGGAACUGUAACGAAACUGUGUACAGUAAUUUUUUUAAAUAAAGAAUUCGAAAACAACGAAUAAUUUUUGAUAAAUAAAAGCUUCGUCCAUUCGUCCUUAAUUAAUACUUUUGUCAAUUGGAAUGAUUAAGAAAGAAAUUUAAAUCAAGAUACUUUUUAAAUCACUUCUUUAUUUUUACCCCCUUUCAAGUUUGUUUGUUGUUGCUAUCUAGGUCCAUUUGUACCUUUUGUAUUAGGCAGUUUUUUUAUUAAUAUCGAGAGAAUACAAUAAUACAAAGUUUUUUGUCUGUAUCUGUAGUGGGUCGAAUCCCCUCAAAAACAGAAUACCACUAGGGCUUUGCCACAAGAUGAACUCAAUAAAUUAUUCAAACUCUUAAUUACAUUCAUUUUACAUAAUUAAGGAAAAUUGAAGAUUUGUUUAUUACAACUUUUAGUCAUAUCCCCUAUAUCCUACUCCAUCUGCGCCUUUUCCACGAUUGCGCCUUCCCCAAGUUGUUUCAAUCGAUAAUAUUAUCAUGGCAACGUCGUUUCUAUGAUACCCUCGUCAAUAUAAACUACCAGUGCAUACCAUAAAUUAGUUAUAUCUAGUUCAAAUUAGUGUAAACCUUACAGAGAGUUACAAAUUAUCCUCCGAAACUAAUCUACAAGUUGUAAAGUAAUAUGAGUUCGAAAUUGUCACCACGUCCUCGAAAGCAUCGUCAGAAGGACGAAGUCAAGCAAGACAUUGUGGCUCAAGUUCACAAACCACUCAAACAUGACGUUCCUUCAGAAGAAUCAAAAUCAGAUGAAAUGUCCGAAUCCAACAGGACUUACAAUAUGGAAGACAAAAAUAACGACAAAAACUCCAACUACAGCCAACGUACGCCAAGCAGGGACAUCUCCAUUGACGGAGAAUCGACAAUUAACACAAAAAUAAUUAGCUUGAUAGAAACCGAAAUGAAAAGGGAUAUUAAUAAACAUAAUCAUUUUAGCGAUUCGAGACCACAAAGUCUAAGCUUUUAUGAGGACGAGAAAAUGCCAGAAGAACUCUCAGGAAACCUGGAAAUGUUAAGCCCGGAAGAGAAAAAACAUUACAGAAAACGUAAAGAAUAUACAGACCUGGAUUUGGAAAGGAAUAUGUAUAACAGUAUGCAGGAUAUUAUGAUUUGCAGGGACAACGAUGAAAUUUUGAAUUCGCUUAAAAAAUCCAAGUCGCGCAAGAAAAAGCACAAUAACACGACAGAUCAGGAAGUAGGCUUGGGUGACAGCAGAGAAAUGAUGAUACCAAAAGAGAAAAGAAAGAGUAAGAAAAAGAAACGAGAAUUUUCACCAAUGUCUACUUCAUCGGGCAAAAAGAAACACAGAAAACGGGACGAGGAAUUCGAACCUAAAACGGAAAUAACAUUGGCACUGGAAGAACUUCAAGACGAUGUAUUCGAAAAUAUUCCUGAAGAUGUAGCUAAACUGGAUAAGGUAAGAAAAAGCCCGAAGAAAAGCGAUAAAAUUUACGUACAGAAAAAGAACAAAUUCGAACCUACUUUGAGAACUGAACUUAAUCCAGCUAAACAAUUUGAUGAGCCAAAACGCCCCAGUAGUUUUCUAUUACCUCUUAACAUUGCGAUUUGUUAUCAAGAGAAAUGGUUACCAUUUACAAUGUUGUGCCAUGGGUUUUUGGGUGGAAUCGCUCUGGCACAUUACUGUUACCUCAGUGUCACCGAAGAACCAUCCAGCAAAGACUUUUUGGAAACUUAUGCUUAUUACAGUGACGUUUAUGCAUGUUUAUUUAGUUUGCUGGUGGUUAUCUGCCUGGUGUCUGUUUUCGACAGGUAUGACAUAUCCCAUUUAAGUUAUUAUCAUCUAAAAGACUACAUUUUUGGGAGGAAAAGUUCUAUUGUCAUUUUGAUUUACUUGGUCUGCUUCGUUGUCCAUUUAAUUGCUAUAAAAACCGAUGACAAAAUUAGUUUUAUUUUGCACAACAAUUCUACAAUAGACGAGAUAAAUCAUCAAGAGAUUUAUUUGUGGAAGCAUCUGUCUUUUUGGAGAGCUAUUUUAGCUUCUACAGCUUGGCUAAUUAUAGCAUUGGCUCCAGUAAAAGACUCCUUUUGCUUGCAUUUGAAAGAAAUCGAAAGAUAUUUUGUUGUAGGGAAUUAAUAUUCACGGAAAUAAAAACAAUUGAUUGUAUGCAUUUAAAACAGUGCAUCUAUGUUUAUAAUCAUACUUAUUGUUGUAUACUUCAACUAAUAACAAAUAAAUAAACUAAAAGUAGCUAUUGUAAUAUGUUGCUAUAUUGUUAAGACGGUUAACAGAUCGAAACGUUGGGUUAAAAUUAAUAAAUAAUAAUUAACGGGACUAUUAAAACUACUAGACAUCGAAUUGUAAAUUUUCCUUGAUAUCCCAAUAUUUAAGUAAAAUACUGAUACCGGGUUACGACCAUUUGUGUGACUUCCAAAGAAGCAUGAAACAAUAAAUUGUUGAAACUUGCAAUAAGUGUAUUAUUCUUAUAUUAAAAAUUAA